AUGAUAGAUCACGAUGACUGGCAAGUAAAAGAAGAGCUUUAUAAUAAUUUGAACCAACUGUGGGGCCCUUUUACUGUUGACAGAUUUGCUGACAACGACAACAAAAAGAUAUGUCGGUUUUAUUUAAAAUUUUAUUGUCCCAAUACAGAAGGAGUAAAUGCGCUAAAUUACGAUUGGAAAGGCGAAAACAACUACAUAGUACCUCCAACAAGUCUUGUAGGAAAAGUGUUAAAACACAUGAAAACUUCGAAAUGUAAAGGUCUAGUUGUGUUACCUCAGUGGACUUCUGCUUAUUUCUGGCCACCCAUGUGA